AUGUGGAAAGUUGGAAACACAAACGUGCGCCUGGGUAGAAAUUUCGGAUCUACGAGUCAGGGAUCCGCCACCGUUGCCAUAGGCAACUCGGCCGGUGAAACCAACCAGAAUGAUAACUCUAUAGCUAUAGGUCACGAGGCAGGUUGGGACAGCCAGGGUGUUGACGCCAUUGUCAUUGGUACAAGUGCCGGGUACGAGGACCAGCACGACAACACGAUCGUCCUCAACGCGUCCGGUAGCGCUCUCAACACCGAGCAAGCAAACUCGAUAUGCAUAAACCCCGUCCGCGAGUCCACCCACGCGGGCAGCCUUGUCCGUUACAACGAGUCAACGUCCGAGAUGGUCCAUGCGCCGAUCGAUACGGUUGUUGACGGUAAAAGUCUCGUCGUGUCCGGCACUGAUUUUAAAAUCGGCACGUUUGUGUUUCAGACCCUCAUUGAUGCGCUGGCCUCAGACCACAUAUCGACAGGUGACGUGGUCGAGGUUUUUCGGCCGCGAGGUCGCGGGCCUCUCGAGCACGUAAUGCCCGAGAUGUGGGGGCCAGUUAGCGGUGUGGGUGCCGAAGAAGCAUUCGAGGCCGCCGGGGCUCACGCUAGGGUGAGAAUGAUACCGUUCUUGGCCAACGGGUAUUAUACGUUCACGAGACCGGUGUACAUGGCACUUCACCUGAAAGACGCGGGGCACGUGCAAUUAUACGCUGCGGUAGAACCAUCAUUGACGAGUAAUUACGACGAAAGCAUUUCAUCGUCGGAGUAUAACAAUUUCUCGAUUCUCAAAUGUACCAAGCCUCCAUUGCUUGGCGAGGGUGAGGGUUUGCCAUGGAUCAACGAAAAUACAUUCUACGUGAACCGCAUCAAUGACUCAAGUCGACCAAGUGAACUCUCGAUUAUAGGAUCCUGGUAUGCCCACAACCAUAACUACUUUUACGGUGGUACAAUAGAAGGCGACGUUAACAUUUACAUUGAUGGCAACUCUAACUAUAUUCACAACUUGCGACUGGGGGCAGCAACUAAAUCGGUGCAAACCAUCGUGUUUUCUGACCGUUCAAAAUCGAAUUAUAUCGAGAGAGAAAAACCUAUAACAUCGAAGUAUCAAAAUCAAGUGUUUAUCCCACUACGGUUACAGACCCCUUUGGAAGUAACACCGUUGUUCAUGCCGACUAGACCAAUACCAACUACGUCACUCUUCUUUCACUGA